CCGCGCCGGAACGGCCGCGCCGCCGCGCGCUCCCGGGGGGCACCGCACCCGCACGCGCUUCCGCCGCGCGCCAUGGCGGAGCCGCCGCCAGACGCCACGCGCCGCCGCUGGGCACGGGAGCAGGCCCGGCUGCGGGCCGCCGUGCUGGCCCAGGACACCGAGCCGUGGCAGGAGGAGCCGAGCCUGGCGGGGCUGCGGAGAGUGGGAGGCGUGGACUUGUCCUACCCCAAGGGAGACGAGACCCGCGCCUGCGCCUCCCUGGUCGUGCUCAGCUUCCCGGAGCUGCAGGUGCUGUACGAGGAUUGCCGGAUGGUGGCCGUGAGCACCCCGUACGUGGCUGGAUUCUUGGCGUUCCGAGAGGUCCCUGUGCUGGUGGAAGCCGUCCGGCGGCUGCAGCAGGAGGAGCCCGCGCUCCAGCCCCAGGUACUUCUUGUAGAUGGGAAUGGCCUGCUCCAUCCCAGAGGAUUUGGUGUGGCCUGUCACCUCGGAGUCCUGACGGGUCUGCCGUGCAUCGGCGUGGCCAAGAACCUGCUACAGGUAGAUGGCUUGGUCAAGGAUGAGCUGCACAGAGAGCAGAUUCGUUCCCUGCGGAGGGAGGGAGAUACGUUCCCGCUGACAGGCUCUUCGGGGAGCGUCCUGGGCAUGGUCCUGCGCAGCUCCAAGAACAGCUCUAGGCCGCUUUAUAUCUCCGUGGGUCACAAGGUGUGCCUGGAGACAGCCGUGCGCGUGGUCAGGUCCUGCUGCAGGUACCGCAUCCCGGAGCCCAUCCGACAGGCUGAUAUUAGAUCGAGGGAGUAUAUUCGGAAGCAGCUGUGCUCACCGCUGGAGGCCGCAUCUUCUGGGCCACAGAGGUGUGACACGGGGUGACCAGAAAUACCCGCAGGGAGCCGGUGGCCGCCCCGGAACGCACAGGGAGGCUCAGGCUCCUGCUCUUACAUAACGGCCAGCGCUGCUCUGCUCAGCUGCCCUGUGCUUCGAGCAGGGAAGGGGCUGUCUGUGCUCGGGCCAGGCGGGUGGCCCUGUGCACAGCCAGCCCGGUGUCCCCUCUGUGCUGCGUGCCCAUCUCUGGCAGCUCUGACACCUCCUGCCGAGGCGGGUGCUGGAGCUCACGCAAACCGCCUGGUUUGGGGGCUGUGCAACAGAAAAACCACACUCAUUCCAGUCACGACGUGGGUCUCAAAGUGUGUGUCUGUGCCCCUUAUUCACCAAACGACAGUUAUAUUGACUUCUUGCUUUCUACUUUUUCCAUCUGUGACCCUCCCUGGUUUUUGUUCCCAGCAGUGACAAGGAGGCGGAACCGGGUGAUUAGUGUGACCCAGGAGCAGCUGCGGGCUCCUCCUCGGCGGUGCCGGGGAGCGGUGCCGGGGACGGUGCCCGGGGCGCGGGGCAGGCGGAGCGGCUGCUCCUCCGGGAUAAUGUUUAGUGUACUCUUUCUCAGGGUUGAUUUUUAAGCAUUGUAAAAAUAUUUUUUAAAAUAUUGUACAAAUAUUUUUAAUUGUAAAAAUAUUACAAGUAAACUUGUAAUUUUGUAAGAA